GUGUAGAAAUAAAUGAUGUAGACCCUGAAGUUUUUAAAGAAAUGAUGAGAUUCAUUUACACAGGAAAAGCUCCAAACCUUGAAAAAAUGGCUGACAAUUUGUUGGCAGCUGCAGACAAAUAUGCACUGGAACGGCUGAAGGUCAUGUGUGAGGAAGCACUCUGUAGUAACCUCUCGGUAGAAAAUGUUGCUGACAUUCUUAUCCUCGCAGAUUUGCACAGCGCUGAACAGUUAAAAGCACAAGCAAUAGACUUUAUUAACAGGUGCAGUGUUCUUAGACAACUUGGGUGUAAAGAUGGGAAAAACUGGAAUAGCAACCAAGCAACAGACAUAAUGGAAACAGCAGGCUGGAAGUCCAUGAUCCACUCCCACCCUCACUUAGUAGCAGAGGCCUUUCGCGCACUAGCAUCUGCACAGUGUCCACAGUUUGGCAUUCCACGCAAACGGCUAAAACAGUCAUGAAAUCUUCUAUGAACUUUAGAAAAAUUGAAUUGACUCUACUCCUCCAUGUCCAGAGGUGUUUUCACAAACCAUAACAAGAGUUUUUGUUAUCCUUGUCCACAGAACAGAAGCUGAAAAAGCCUAUUGUUUGCUUUUCAGAUGGAUAAUUUAUGGUUUAAUCCUCAGCUUUAAAUUAGACUGAUUACUCUAAUUCACUGAAAGGCCUUAAAUUAUCUUCAAUGACUCUAGUCCAUAUAGCCUAAUGUAUCUUGAUUUUUUUAUUAUUAUUUUUUAAUGUGCCUUGUCUUUUUGACUAGGCUCUGCAGGAUUGCACUAGCUCCAUAAUGCAGUAAAGUUGAUAACUGAAGAUUAAUUUUUGAAAGGGAUCUUCCAUUAUUUUCAGAAGAAAAAGAAAUGCUUAUAGUUUGGUCCUAUGCUAACUGGAAGGUUUUAACUAGCCUCUCAUUAAAAGCGCUUGAACCAGAGGCACGUAAUGUACCCUAGACAAGCGCUAAACAUAGGGAGAGCCUGUUUACCUUCAGCGAAU